AUGAAGGAGGUUGUACAAAAGGAAAAGAGAAACCCUGGCAAGAGAUUGAAUGGAAAAGAAAUUGAAUCUAAAGACUCUUAUGCUAUACUAGACCCUAAUACUUUACUAAGUGAUUCAAACACGGGCACCGAGCUCUCUGAAAUUGAUGAAAACUUGGUUAUACAUUAUGUGGAUGAUGUGAACAAGUUUGAGGAGGUGCCUCAAGAUCUGAAAGCCAAUCUAAUGAUGUCCAAAGGGAACAUUGAUGACGAGGGUGAGUCGGGGAGAGGGGGAUGUGGUGAUGGCGGAGGGUGGGUUGGAAGGGGUUUCCGCGACGUUGAGUAUGUACUGGUAAAUGUCCCCAAAAUCGGGUAUGAACUCGUAAAUGACCCUAUAGAUGUCUUGGUGUUUGUGAUUUGUUGUUGUAACAAGAGAUGGGAAUCAGAUCUCUUGGCGUUUGUGAUGGCUUACCCUUCCAACUUCAGAUAUUCACAUGCUUGUUCUCUGCUUUCUACCUGUUGUGUUAGGACUGGUGGUAAGUGA